UCGGCUCUCCCUCAGUCCGCCUCUCGUCUCUGCAGCAGCAGCUUGGACCAGGCACCUUCUGGACAGGAGUCCGCAGCAUGGCUUUGAGUGGUUUUGUUCUCGCAGGACUUUACAUCCUCGUCCUCGCCAGUCAAUCAUGGGCGAUGAUAGAGGUAAACAUGGAGGAUCGUGUGGAGGUCUUUCUAGGACAGCAAGUGGAGAUCUCCUGCCAGUAUAAGAUGGAAAGCGACCCCAGCACAGCAAUCAUCCAGUGGUAUACAAAACCAGCUGUCUCCAACAGUCAAAGGCAAAGCAUCUUCUAUAAGGACAACGAAAGGCGGAUAGCGGACCAGGACUCGUCCCUGGCGGGCCGGGUAACGGUGGACGACAGCACCCCUGGCUCUGUGCUUCUGAUUGUGGAGCCAGUCCAGCUGGAGGACGAGCUGCUGUUCAUCUGCAGCGUGAACACACCCACCGAGGAGGCCAAGGAGGGCAGGACCCAGCUCAGAGUCUUCAGUAAGCCAGAAGUUCCCAAAAUUGAAGGAGUGCACACUGGGAUAUCUGUCAACGAGGAGGAUCCAAGCAAGAUUGCUACCUGUGUGGUCAAGAAUGGCUACCCCCUGCCCAAUAUCACCUGGUUCAGAGACCGCACCCCGCUGUACAUCUCUGAAGGAGUGGUCGGAGUGGCCAACCAGGUGACGAGGGACACCAACAACCUGUACUCGGUGAAUAGUGAGCUUUUUAUGAAAGUGAAGAAGGAGGACAAGGAUGUAACCUUCUACUGCGAGUCUUCGUACUUUGUGCCUGAAGGGACGAGGAUGACUGAGUCUGGCCGCAUCAAGAUCACAGUGCACUACCCGACGACGUCUGUGGAGAUAAGACAGGUGCUUCCUAAAGGCCAGGUGAAGGAGGGGGACACGGUGGAAAUCAGAUGCUUUGGUGACGGGAACCCAACACCACCACUGACCUUCAAACAUAAUGGAGAGGACCUGGACGAGGGGAGCCUGACUGAUGACCAGCAGGGGGUGGUGUUGCGAGACGUGAAGCGGUGGGAUGGGGGCAACUACACCUGCAGUGCCCUGGACCUGGAGACUCUGGAGGAGCUGGAAGAUGACAUGGAGCUGAUGGUGCACUUCCUGGAUGAGGUUGUGCUGUCUCAAAAGUCACCAGUAGUGCUGUCCCAGGGCACCGCCCUAGAGGCCACCUGCAAUGCCCUCUCCUCUCUGGACACAGAGACGGCCUGGUUCAAGGAUGGUCAGUAUUUCACUCAGGGCCACAGAUUGAGGAUUUUGAAUGUUUCUGUGGACACAUUUGGAACGUACCAGUGUGUAGUGACCACUCCUCGCUUGCCUGGCCUGGAGUCCCAGAGUGCACUGGAGGUGUUUGUGCAGAGUCAGCCGCAGAUCACAGACAUCAGAGAGGAGGACCUGCAGGGAGGCGGGAACUCUGUGAACAUCACCUGUGUGGUGCAGGGCUACCCCAUGCCCUCAAUCACCUGGGACUCACCUGACCAGGAGGAUCUGAAUGGACUGUCCAGUGACAGCAUGGAGCUCCCUAAUGGUGCCAUCAGCACGCUGACGGUGAAGGCCUCGUCCAAGCUGUCAGUGACCUGUGAAGCAGAGAAUGAGUUUGGAAAAGACAGCCGAGUCUACAAGAUCGAGCCAAUCGGACUUGAAACGUCUCCCGCUCCCACUACUACCACGACUCCCCCAACAACUACUCCAGCCAGCAUUCAGACAGCCAGCGGGUCGGUAACAGUUAAGCCUCCAAAGAGAGUCCAUAAAGAGGGCAGUGGCGUGAUCAUCGCGGUCCUCAUCAUCUGUGUCCUCCUGCUGGCCAUCCUGGGAAGCGUCCUCUACUUCCUGUACAAAAAGGGCAAGAUCCCCUGUGGACGUUCAGGAAAGCAGGACCUAACGAAACAGAAGUCUAAUAAAGAUGCCAUCGUCAUGGAGAUGAAGACGGAUAAGUCAGACGAGGCCGUUCUUUUACAAGGAGUCAACGGGGAGAAAAAAGCUCCCUAGUGACCAGUGUGGAGUCGGCGGACACGCGGCUGUGACUGCUCUGCCCUGAGAGCAGGAGCAGAGGCAGUGUGCUCUGCUCCGCUCCGCUCCGACCCACCAUCCAGAUGCCACUCAGGGGCCAACCCUAACACAGCUAUCCACUUCUGCACCCCACCCUACCCAAGCCAACCCCACACACCUCCAGACCCCACACCAACACCCCACACAGCCCUACUGACAGCUGGAAAACACAUCCAGCCAAAUCCACCAAACACAACUAUCUGCCAUCUUCUUUACACACUCUUAAGAAAAGCCAAGUCAUACAUUCCUAAUGUACUGUACAACUACCAAACAUAUCUAGCCGGAAUCCAGUUACCAAACACAUCUAGCCAAAUCCACCUACCAAACCAUGUGUAAAGCUCCCAUAUGCAGUGACCCUCAUAAACACCUAAGUAAAGCCCUCAACAUCAGCUACCCUCGUGCAGUCCUGAAUCCAGCUCCACACUCCAGAUCUACAAGCACCUACAGUAUCUGCCCUGCCAGCCAGUGACCUACAGAAUGCUGCAGUUCAUAUGCGUGUCCUGCCACGCGGCUCUUGUACCCGCUAAAAAGACCCCUCAACCAGACCCCAGAGCCAUGGACACGUCCACCCCCCCUCCCCCUCCCCCCAAUCUCUACUCUGGCGUCUUGAUCCAGGUUAAAGCCCUGCUGCCCCCUCCCCCAUCUCACCUCUGCGGAGAGAUGCUCUAACAGUGUUGUAGAGUUGAGUGUUAAUCCAACAGUCCCGGUAGACCAGUUAUUAUGCAAUCAGAAGCCCUUGGUUGCGUGCUAUAUAAUGUAUAUAUUAUCUACUGUAUAUAUUCCUGGAGAGCAGGUGACUUUAGGACAUAUUUGGUCCAGAGCUGGUACCCAUCUGAGCCAGAUCAGGGCCAGACCAGGGCCAGAUGCGUGCUAUUGUCAGCUUUGAUCUGGGUUUAGAUAUUUAAAAUAGAUGAAGAACAUUUGCAAAGUGUUAUGAUCACAGGUCCAUGUUUUGAGUUCUUUCUUUUUUUUUUUUUGGGAUGUUUGGUGUUCUUUUGUUUUGUUUUGUUUAGUUUUGUUUUGUUUUGGUAAGGAUAUUUUCAGAGUUGUGUAUGUGUAUGUGUUCGGGGUCUUUGUGUCGCCUCCUGCUGUUUAAGCUCUGUUGUUCUAUGACAAAUUAUGACAUUAAAGAAGACAGCUUCGCCACCCAACUACUUACUGUAUUGUGUGGUGGAGACAUUGGGUGACUAAAUCUGCCUUGUCUAAUUUCAGUUGUAAGGGCAAAAAUACAAAGAGAUGAAUCUGACGAGAAACUGUGAUACGCGUUAAUUAUAGAGGGAGUUCCUGUCAUUUUGUAGUACUUUAUCUGAACAUCACUGCCCUCUAGAGAACACUGUGCAAGACAGACGAUGGCCAUUCUCAGUUUUGACAAUCAGCUGAUCUGUGUGAAUUGUUCCCCCUAAUUUCACCUUUCUGCCUCAUUUUAGUGUGCACUGAAUUGUUUUGGAUUGUCUAUUUGUAUGUUAAAAGAGAGAAACUAAACACACACACACACACACACACACACACACACACACACACACAGUUUCAUAUUUCCAUAAUGAUCUAGAUUUGUUGUUGAAGUUUUGUCUGCUGUGACACCCCUUAAAACCCAUCAUUUUCCAUCACACAAGAGAGAAACAUAACAGACCAAACUCUUGAGUUUUAAGGCAUAUGUGCCACCUGUUGGUGACAUAGAGGAAAGACUUAAUUUCAACUUUAAUUUUCUGUUAAGUUUUUAUGCCAUCUUAUUCCCUGCUGUCUGUGGUGCACUGUUUUUCAUUAGUUUUGUAACAGUAUGACUUUACCUUUUGGCCUUAAGUGAGUUUAAGCAUUUAGCCUUAUGUAUAUUUCAACCUCUCUGUGUGUAUUUUUAUUUUUUAUUUGGGCAACUUGCCAGCCACCUAAAAAAAGGUUAUUCCUGGGGUGCCUCUCAUGUAAAGUUUAUACGUCCUCCCUCGCUCCUCGG